AUGAUUGUCCGAGUUCUAGUUACUGUUGCAAUUUCGUACAUAUCGGCAAGAAGUAUUCGAUUGUCGGGAAUUCGCGAUGGUUCGACAACAGCCAUCGAGGUCGAUAGUCUCGCGAAAUUCUCGCUGGAAAUUUUCGGCCGAAAUCUCGGCGCAAGCGGCUAUUAUUUGACAACGGCGGCGCGAUGCGAAGAUUGGAAUCGAACCGAUUUAGGCCCACAAGUCACUUAUUUUAUCAAACACGCGCAUUCAUAUGACAGGUACGCUUACAUCGAAAUGCCAGAAGGUAUCGAAUUCAAUUCCACCGCCUCAUUAUAUCAUUUAUGUUAUACGCCGAGCACUUUUUACAUCUACAAGUACCUCGUCAUAAAGCAGCGGGUUAUUCCAAGCACAAACUACUGGCCGAAAUAUUUGCUAUGCAUUUAUUGUGUGAUAAUGGCUGCUUAUAGUUCGGGAAUGACACUCGGUUUCAUGAAAUUUCCGAUUGCCGAAUUGAAUCGAAUGAUGGAGAUGGAGGAACCAACGAAAACGCGCGCUCGACGAAUCCUCCCGUUUCGAAAACGAUCCAAUUGGCUGGUGUGCACGUUUUCAAUGUUUUCCACACUUCACACGGUUAUAUUCACCACUCAAGUCGAAUCAUUCUUCGCCGGGAUUAAAUAUGAUGAGGUGCUUUCGAUGUUGGUCCCAACUGUAAUUCUUCUGGUUUUCGCCGAAAUGAUCCCGCAGGCUGUUUGCAAUAGCAAAUUCGGAUUUGUGUUGGCUUCGAGCCUCUGGCCGGUCAACGUCGUCAUUUUUCUGAUAUGCGCGCCGAUUGCGUGGCCGGCGUCGAAAAUAAUUGAUCGAUAUUUGGGACGGGAGGUGAGAGAGGUGAUGACCGAGGAAGAGAAGAUGAACUAUGUGAGGAAUAUGGCGAAGAAGGCGAAUCGAACUGAAAGAAAAAUCCUCGAAAAAGCCACCGAAUUCUCGUCGAAGAGCGUUGAAGACGUGAUGACGGUGAUCGACAAGGUUUUUCUGUUGCCGUCGUCGCAGAAAUUGAACAAAGCGAUGAUCCUGACGCUAGUCGAGAAGGGCUUCACUCGGGUGCCGAUACGCGAUGAGAAGGACAGCGAGAACAUCUACGCGGUGCUCAACAUCAAAGACCUUCUCAGUAUGGAUUUGUCGCAUUCGCCGACCGUCUCGAAGAUUCUCGCGAAAAUCGACUCGAAGACGGCCCAAAUGAAAUACGUGAUGGCCAACAUGCAAGUGCAGCUGCUCAUGCAGCAAAUGCGCACCGGCGGGUUCCACAUUGCCACGGUUAUCAAGUGCACGCAUAGCAACUAUAAAGUUGUUGGCAUCAUCACAAUUGAAGAUAUUCUCGAGCAAAUAUUCGGCGAGAUUGUUGAGAACCCCGAGAAGACGCUACGCCAUCCGUGCACCGGCGCCAACGAUGAUUACGUCAUCAAUUGGUGUCGAGAGGCCGGCACCGAAUCGCGAUACCCGUUGUCGUUUUCGCAGCAGUUGCUUGUCAUUCAGAGUGUCCUCGACGAGUGCCAUUUGUUCCGACGAUUGGGAUUCGACACGCUGAAAAUGAAGCUUCUGCUAUCGACAAGCCGAAUUCGCAAAUGUAUCAAAAAUGAAAGUUUGCCUGUUAAAGAUGUGAUGAUCAUCGUUUUUGAUGGUACGCUGGAGAUUAAGCGCGAUGGCGAAGUGAUACCGCAAAAUUUGCUCGUGAAAAAGAUUGACAAGCGUUGCAACAUUGGAAAAGUCGAAGGUGUUCAAGUUUUCAUUGUGGGACACUUGGUUUUGCGAAAAGUUGCCGAGGGCCUCCAUUUUGCCAAUAAUUAUACGGUUGAGGAGAAAGUUUGCGAGGUGAUUUGUCGAUCGGAAACGUGCUCGUUUUUCAAGCUUCGCAUUCGAGACAUCACUGAUUUGGUGAAUGAGAACUCGCAAAUGUCGCGAACUGACGAGAUGCACAGCGCGUCGACGGACGGCGAGGUGAUCGAUCGCGGAUGGUCCUACAGCGAAUUGAUGAAAGCCAUCACUUCGGAACGAAUGCAGUAUGGGCUAGCCAACUCGAUUCUGCCGCCAAUUUCGGAUUCGUCGACGACGAGUCCCGCUGCUAGCGAUUCGCUCGAGAAUGUCACAAAAUCGAUGGACACGAACUCGAAAACGUACCUUCUUGAGCCGCGCGUCGCGUCGAUUCAGAGUACUCAGCUCAAUUUGUUGGCGAGUGGAAAGACUGAUUAUUUUGAGAUGAAAAGCCACGCGCCAAAAUGUUCGGAGUUGAAAUUCCAAUAUUUCGUUAAAAAGAGAACAUUCCGCUGGUCAAAACUCUUCGAAGCCUCGUUCAUCACACUAUCGACGUCGGGAGAACCAUUCUGCGGCAAAUGUCAGUGCUAUUUGAAGUUGGUCAAGGCGCGACCGCAACGUUUGUUCAACGCGAUGUCAAGAGACGUACGCGGACGGCGUGUUGCUGAUAUUUUGCGAUGCGAAAUGCUCUCUUUAUUAAUUCGAGCUUGUCUAUUGGCAGGUAACUCGUCUUAA